GUGAACGCAAACAGUUGCCCGCCGGUUGAGCCCAAUGGGCAGAGAAGCUCACGUCACGCUGACAGCGAUGGCAGCGAGGAUGCAGCCGACGGCCUCCCAGACAACUCGAGGCCAGUGUGCGAGAGCUGUGAGGGUGGUGGCGGCGAGCACUGCUCUUCCUGGGAAAAGUUGGUCACAGAUCUGCUGAAGGCGGAAAUCAUCGACUUGGCCCGCACUGCGCACUACGAGCGCAUGCUUGCAGAGCCUCCUACACCCGGAGGGCCUGACCAAGAUGCAUCAGGUCCAGCUUUCGCGUGA